AUGGGUAAUCAGCUGGUAGGAGUAGCUCCGUCUCAAAUUUACCCAGUUGAACAUUAUCUAAGUGAUCAUGCCGAUUUAUCGUUCGAUCAAAGCCUUGGUUCAACAAGGUUUCUUAAGGUUGCAAGGGCUAGAUCUAGGGAAGGAUUGAUUGUGGUCAAAGUAUUUGCAGUACAUGAUCCGUCGCUACCACUGGCUGAACACAAAGAGAGAAUAUUGAAGAUAAAGGAGCAAUUGGCAUCUGCCUUCAACUGUUUACCUUUCCAAAGAGUAAUUUUGACAGACAAAGCCGGUCUAUUAAUGCGAGAGUACUGCAAAUGCAGCGUCUACGAUCGCAUGUCGACGCGGCCGUUCCUCACGGUGCUGGAGAAGAAAUGGAUAACAUUCCAAGUGCUGUAUGCACUACAUCGGAUGCACAAGCUUGGUAUCUGUCAUGGUGAUAUUAAGUUAGAAAACAUAAUGGUGACGUCAUGGCUGUGGGUGCUCCUGACCGACAUCGCGUCGUUUAAACCCACCUUCCUGCCUGACGACAACCCGGCUGACUUCAGCUACUUCUUCGACACUUCACGCCGGAGGCUGUGCUACGUCGCACCGGAGAGAUUCGUCCGAGCGCCGGACCCCAGUUACAGGCCAUCCGGUGACCAAACUGGCGGGCUGUUACUGAGCGAAUCGCCUUGCAAAGUGGGAGAGUUGGUCCCGAGCAUGGACAUUUUUUCCGCUGGGUGCGCCCUGCUCGAGUUGUGGAACGACGGCACCCCAGCCCUGGACCUUCCCGGGCUGCUGGCGUACCGCAACGGCGACGAGAGACCGCCCACAAUGACCCUGCCCGAAGGCAGCGAACGCGGUCUCAGGGAGCUCUUGCACUCGAUGACGGAACGCAGCCCCCGGGACAGACGCAGCGCCGAGAUAUACCUGGACGAGGCGAGGGGCAAAUUGUUCCCGGAGUACUUUUACUCGUUCCUCCAGUCCUACAUGCUGAUCUUCUCCGCUCAGCCGAUUCUGCCGGCGGACGAGAAGAUCCUGCGCAUCCACCAGGACAUAAGGAACAUCAUCAAGAUCUUCACCCAGCCGUCGGACACGAGGAACUACCAGGACCUGGUGGAGGAGACGACUGAGACCAGCGCGGUGAACAUAGAGGCGCUGAUGAAGGAGGGUUUCAAGGUCAUGAGCAUCAACGUGACCGAUUUCGAGGAGGAGGCGGACAGUAAGCCGCCGGAUAACAGAGAGAUGGGCCCCGACAGCGAAGGUCUGAUACUGAUCACGUCUUUAGUGACCUCCUGCAUAAGGGGCCUCCAUCACUGCACUUCGAAGCUGUACUGCUUGGAGAUUCUGCAGCUCCUCUGCGAGAACUCCAGCUCGGAGACGAUCCUGGAUAGAAUCCUGCCGUAUAUAAUCCACCUCUCCCACGACGGCACGGCCCGCGUGCGCUCCGCGGCCGUGUGGGCGGCCACCAAGUGCCUGUCGCAGGUUCGAUCCCUGCCGCCGACCGGCUGCAACGUGUUCCCAGAGUACAUACUGCCGGAGCUGGCGCCCAGGGCGGCCGACUCGGCGCUGCCCGUUCGGAUCGCGUACGCCAACAACAUCGCGAAGUUGGCCGAGACCGCCGUGCGGUUCCUGGACCAGACCCAAAACAUGGUGGACAAGGACGCCGCCAACAUAAAUUACGAGACAGAGCUCUCGGCUCUACACGAAAUGGUCAGGUCGACGGUCUCCUACCUCCUGACAGACUCGCAAGCGGUCGUGAAACGGGCGUUAGUGGAGAACGGCAUCACGAAACUGUGCGUGUUCUUCGGAAAACAGAAAGCGAACGACGUGAUCCUGUCGCACAUGGUGACGUUCCUCAACGACAAGGAGGAGGCGGCGCUGCGCGGCUGCUUCUUCGAGCGCGUGGUGGGCGUGGCGGCGUACGUGGGCCAGCACGCGGCGCCCAUACUGGUGCCGCUGCUGCAGCAGGGCCUGACGGAUCAAUCGGAGUGGAUCAUUGCGAAGGCACUGCGAGCCACUAGCAGCUUGGCCGAGUUGGGCCUUUUGCCAAAACAGGCCCUCUGCGACCUGCUCGCCGAAAGCGCUGUCUACCUCGCACACCCCAAUCUGUGGAUAAGACACGAGGUGUGCGGUCUGGUGUCAUGCGUUGCCGGCCUUCUGAACCCCAUCGACGUCAACUGCAAGAUCUUGCCGCUGGUGUGGCCCCACCUUAAGCACAAGCUAAUCCAGGUUGAGAGGGCUGAACUGCUAUUGGAAAGUCUCGCAGAACCGAUACCGAGGAAGGUGCUGGAUGCGGUGCUGCGGCAUGGCGAUGUCGACAGGCUGGUGCAGACCCUGCGGGAGAGGAGGAACGCACGCCUGAGGGUGAAACAGGGAAUGAUGCCACAGUACUGCGAAAUGGGACAGCAAUUGAAGAAUCUCUUCAGGAGGCUGGCUUCAGAUGGCAUGACAGAGCACGUCGAGAAUCAGUUACUAGCGAUGAGCGCCCAUCUCAUCAAGAUUCAAAGCUCGACCACGCAGCACAUCACGGACGCGCCCGGGCGGCUGGUGCUGUCCGGGGGCGGGAUAUCGCGCUCCGUCCAGCUCGAACCCGGGCCCGCCGAGAGCGCAGCCCCCCACCACUCCGACAGGGCCUUCGCCCCCACACAGCCCAGGAGGAAUCAGAAGACGUCGUUGUCACACGAGGCGCAUAUGAACACCGAAUGGCAGCACAUGUUCGGCCAGUCGCUCGAGCAGUCGAACAAGCCCACUGAGCAGGUGGUGCAAACGGCCAGCGCGAGCGCAUCGAGCGCCCCCCACUCCGCCGCCCCACCAGCCCACUCCCAGAUGGGCCACAGCGCCAGCUAUGUGCAAUACAGCAUGGCCCCCUGUCGCAUCGAGUUGAGGAAUCUGACGGCGCGUAUGCAACAGAAAUUCCAAAAGUCUUUGAGGAGUCACGAAGAUGGCAGCGAGAGCGCUGAAGACAUGCUGCCCCCAACUACGUGGCGGCCUGGUAACCAGUUGUUGGCGUAUUUACACGAGCACAAGGCGCGAGUUAACCAGCUUGUGCGGCUUCCCGCCCACCGUGGUCUCUUCGGCUCCUGCUCUGACGACGGAACGGUGCGUUUAUGGGACGCCACACGCCUCCAAGGCCACGCCUACGUGAACAAAUCAAAAUCAAUGUACAACAGAAGUGCGGGCCCAGUGAUAUCACUCGCGGCUUGCGAGGGGGGACAAUCUCUAGUCGCCGCUACCCAGGAGGGCUCCAUCUUUGUACUCAGGUUGGAGAGCGCUUCUUCGCGGAUGACGCUCUCGCAGUGCCGGCAGGUGGAGGCGGGCGCGGAGGGCUGCGUGGCGUGCGCGUGCGCGGGCGGCGUGCACGCGGGCGUCAUCUCGUACGCGACGCUCGGCGCCACCGUCGUGGGGUGGGACCUGCGCGCGCCCGGAAAUGCGUGGAAGCUGCAAGGCGAUCUGAAGCAGGGCGUGUACACUUGCCUGUACGCGAACAGCGCGGGAUACUUGGCGGUGGGGACCUCUAGCGGCGCGGUCUGCGUUUGGGACCUGCGGUUCCAGUUGCCCAUAACGUCCGUCCGCCACCCCAAUUCGGAGCGCGUGCGGCGCGUGGUGGGCUUCGGGCGGCGCACGUCGCGCGUGUGGGCGCUGGGGGGGCGCGACGCGGCCGCGUGGUGCCUCGAGUCCACGCAGCGCACGCACGCCCUCUGGCCGUGCACCAACGCGCCGCAGCCGCUGCACUACGCCGCCCCGGCGUCGCACUACAUGAGCGCGGCGUACUGCGGCACGCGCGAGGGCUCCCGCUUCCUGGUCACCGGCGGCUCGGACCAGCGCGUCCGCUACUGGGACCUCGAGCACCCGGAGGACUCUUACGUGCUGGUGCACGCGCCGGGGGACCAGCUGCGCACCUCGCCGGGCGCCGUCAAGUACAGGAGUCGGAUAAUCGACGGCACCACAGUGAUCCAGGAAUGCUCGAAACUCAACCCGAGCGCGCCCGUAUCAGUUGUAGAGGAAAACGUGUACCGCACGGUGGAGUCUCGCACCUUCUAUCACACCGCACCCAUCACCGAUCUCACGAUGGUCGAGGGGAACAAAUGCUACCUAGUCAGCUCCUCGGCGGACGGUGUGAUCAACGUCUGGAAG